AACAAUAAUGUUUGCACAUGUAUUAUCUACUCCACAGGAUAAAGAACGCCCAUGAUGUGGUCGAUGCCUUCAAUGUCGAUCCACUGUACCUUAGACAUGACCGUCAGGGCCAACAGCCUGAUUACCGGCACUGGCAGAUCCCAUUAGGCAGGCGCUUCCGGUCUCUGAAGCUGUGGUUCGUCAUGAGGCUGUAUGGGAGGCAUGGCUUGCAGGACCACAUCAGGAAGCAGAUUGCGUUGGCUCAUGAGUUCGAAUCCCUGGUACGCGAGGACUCCCGCUUCGAAAUCUUCUUUCCUGUUACCCUUGGACUGGUCUGCUUCCGCCUCAAAAACGAAAGUAAUGACGUGAAUGAUAGUCUGCUGAAGAGCAUCAACGCAGGUGGCGUCAUCCACAUGGUUCCCUCCAAGGCCAAGGACACGUUCUUCCUCAGGUUCGCAGUGUGUUCCAGAUUUACUGAACAAGCAGAUAUUGUAAAAGCCUGGCAGGAAGUGAAGAAAGCGACUGAAAAAAUACUGACCAAGAAUUAACAAAAAACUGCUGGAAAAAAAUGCCUAGGAAACACCACGAAAAUGGCCUUCGGCUCGGGGACACCAGUGAAAGCUAUUUUUGUAACGAAG